CACCAGUGCACAAACAACGCUUUUGGCAUUUCGGUGCCAAAAAGAAGGCCCGCGUACCGAAUCCGUGCCCAACUUUCAACGAUUCCUACUGGAAUACAGAUAGUCAGAUGCGAAUCUCGGGUUUUUCAUCUUCCCAUUAACCGUAAUUCUUUCUCAUAACAGCUUGAAUUGCAAAACUGGUGUUGACAAUUUCCCAAUUGUAGAAGGUUUUGGUUCGUGGGAAUUCUAGAUUUGGAGUUCCCACACUAUCAGUGUUUGCAAUUUUGAGAAAUCCUAUUUUGAUUUUGGUGAGUUUUAACGUUGGUAUGGCUUCAAAAGUUGAGAAUAGUAAAGCAUGGAAAUGGGGGUUGGGUCUGGUGUAUAUAGUUGCUGUGGCCACAAUAUGGAUAGCUGCUAGCUUUGUAGUACAGUCUGUUGUUGAUGGUGGUGUGUCACCAUUCCUUGUUACUUACAUCUGCAACUCAUUGUUUGUGGUUUUGAUACCAAUUGUUGAAAUUGGGCGAUAUUUGGAGGAUUCUUGUGGCGGUGGUUGCUUUUGGAGCGCGAAGAAAGCGAGCCAACAUUCAGAAAGCGUGGGGGAGUCAGAGCAGGCUAUACUCCUUGAAGAGAAUGAUGUAGGGAACGAGGGCAAUGAAUCAUUGGUUGUGGACGAAGAGGUUGGCAUCAGCGAACAAAGGAACUCUGGUUCCAUAUUUCUGCCACCGGAAAACAGGGUUGAGGUGUUGCCUGGUCAAGUUAAUGUGAUUGAGAAUGUUGAUAAUCAGCUGGAUGAGAAAGGGCGUUGGACACGGUGGAGGGUGGCCAAAGUUAGUCUAUUGAUAUGUCCAUUUUGGUUUCUUGCUCAGCUCACUUUUAACCUGUCGUUGAAGUAUACUACGGUCACAUCGAAUACAAUUUUGAGUAGUGCAUCCAGUCUUUUUACCUUCUUGGUCUCGCUUGCAUUCUUGGGUGAGAGGUUUACUUGGUUAAAGCUCUUUAGUGUUCUUAAUAUUCUUAUUUUUCUUCCAAUUGCCCUCAUACUCAAUUUCACCAAGGUGGAACCUUUUCAUACACUUACCUUGAAGCAGCUUGGUCUGAUCAUUGGCAAAGGACUGUUUGAUAAUGUGCUGAGUGAUUACUUGUGGGCCAAGGCUGUUCUUCUCACAUCAACCACAGUAGCAACUGCUGGCCUUACGAUUCAGGUUCCAUUGGCCGCCAUCGUGGAUACCUUGACUGGCCGUGCUCCUCGCCUUAUGAAUUAUCUGGGAGCAAUAGCUGUCAUGGUUGGCUUCGCCGGAAUUAAUAUUCCUCUUGAGACUUUAUGUAACAAAAGAGAAGCUAACAUCGAAUUGGAAAAUAAUGUCAGUUUAGGAAAAGAAGAGUUUACAAUCCCGAGAGGCGAAGAUUCGGCUGCCAUACCUUAGCAUGUAAUUGGAUUCAUUUUCCGAGUUAGUUAACGAAUUGAUCUUGUAACGCCACCAAGUUAGUUGCAAUGGCUGCUAUUACCAGGCACAGAAGUAGAACGAGAACAUGAGAAUAUAGUUUAAAGGUGGCAUAAGUGAGUUUGCACAUGCACUUGGAGUUGGAGAGAAAUGGAGACUGCCUUGGGUUCAUAAAUUGCUCCUCGAUCGAAAUAGCUUGGUGAUUGGUUCCUCACCUUUCUACAAGCAUAUACGGUUUGAAUUUCUGUAUUUUUGUACAUAUACAUACACAGGUCUAUUUUUGCUAUUUUUUGGAGGGUGCUUACGGAAAUAGGAACGACAAUGGCACCAAGAGUGAAGAGUCAGAGAUGUUCUUUGAAUGUUCAUUAUACCGUUUAAAUGUUUUGGAGAUUUGAAUCUAGUUGCUUUGCCAAUGUCAUGUGGAAUUUAACCCAAA